AUCCGCGCAUGCGCUCAGCGGACGGACGGCACCGGAGGAAUCGGCAGCAGGGUACAAAGGGAAAAGGAUUUGUGUACAGGAAUCUCAAGCAUACCAGAACGUCCGAUAUGCUGUUUUGGUCGGUUCAUCGGCACCUGAAUAACUUUGUUCUUUGAGUGUGAAGGAGGAGACAGCACACCGAUCGUAGCAGGCAGAGCCCGAGCACGUGUUCGGUGUAGGGGUGAGAUUUGUACGAACCCACCUGGAGACAGGCCGUGUAAAUUGUGAGCUGGUGUUUCCUUUCCAAUGGCAAUAUGUCAGUUGUCGAUCCCCGGAAAAGGAAUCAUCCCGGCUUGAAAUUGCAUCUGUUUUGUGUCUGAAAUGAAGUUUUCUGUUUUAACUUCUCAUUGCGUCCAGAGACCUGAGGACACUUCAGUAGAGACGAGGCUUGUUUUAGGCGUGGGCGGGAUUCACCAUGUCCUCUGACUUCCAGAGACUCCAGGAAGUUCAAAGCGGGGAGAAAUUGUUCACCUCCUCUGAGUGUGGGAAGGAAUUCACUGGGUCGGAUCAGUUGCUGGAACGCCAGGGAGUGCAUACGGGGGAGAAGCCGUAUAUCUGCUCUGAGUGUGGGAAGGGAUUCACGAGGUCGGGUAAGCUGCUGGCUCACCAUCGAGUUCACACUAUGGAGAGGCCGUUCUCCUGCUCAACGUGUGGGAAGAAGUUCACUCAGUUGUCCCACCUGCAGACACACCAGCGAGUCCACACAGGGGAGAGGCCGUUCAUCUGCUCUGAGUGCGGGAAGGGGUUCAGUCAGUCGUCUGAUCUAAAAACACACCAGCGACUUCACACUGGGGAGCGGCCCUUCAUCUGCCCCGAGUGUGGGAAGGGAUUCACCCAGUCGGCCAACCUGAAAACGCACCAGCGCGUUCACACUGGGGAGAGGCCGUUCACCUGCUUUGAGUGCGGGAAGGAGUUCUCUCAGUCGGCCAACCUGCUGAUACACCAGCGAAUUCACACCGGGGAGAACCCGUUCACCUGCUCCGAGUGCGGGAAGGGCUUCAUUCGCUCAUCCCACUUGGUGACGCACCAGCGAGUCCACACUGGGGAGAGGCCGUUCAUCUGCUCCGUGUGCGGGAAGGGGUUCAUUCACUCAUCCCACCUGAUCAGACACCAGCGCGUUCACUCUGGGGAGAAGCCCUUCACCUGCUCCGUUUGUGGGAGGGGCUACACGCAGUCGUACAGCCUGAAGAUACACCAGCGAGUUCACAGCGGGGAGAGACCGUUUAUCUGCUCUGUCUGCAGCAAGGGGUUCAUUCAGUCAUCUGAACUGCUGAAGCACCAGCGAAUCCACACGGGAGAGAGGCCGUUCACCUGCUCAGACUGUGGGAAGCGGUUUUCUCAGUUAUCCCACCUCGCGAAGCACCACCAAGUUCACAGUGAGCGACCGCACCCCCACCCGCUGUGAGCAGGGGGGGCGUACUCGGCCAAUCCCAGCUACUCUCCCCUCUGGGGAGAGGCCACUCAGCUGCUCGGACUGUGGCAAGACGUUCACUCCGCCACGGGAGCUGCUGAGACAGCAGCGAGCACGCGGGGGGAGUGGCCGUACGCCUGUUCUGAGCGCAGGAAGGGCUUCGUUCUGUUAACCCACCUUGUGAGGCCCCAGCGACUUCACAAUAAGCAGAGGCCAGACUUUUGCCCUGGGUGAGCAAAGAGACUGCGAUAAUCAUCACAGCGACUGAGCCUCUGGCGACGUUACACCUGCGAGCAAGUUCGAAUAAGCUGUGUAUUAAUUUUUAUACCAUCCUGGUGACUGAAUCCGGUUUUCAAGUUCACAAGGGACUGUUCAUGUCGGAUUCUGUGUUGUUGUGGCUGCUUAUCACACCCAGGACUGAACCCUGGUCAUUGAGAAUUGGAGGAUUUUUUUUCCUGCUGAUGUUAACCUCGAGUUUCACUGGUGCUUAGUAUUGUGGAUCUAUGACAAAUAAAAUCAGUUCUAUUUCAAGUCUUGUGUCUCAGGUGCUUCCUGUCUCUGCCGGUGGAGAGGCCAUUCAGCCCAGCUAGCCCCUGCCCGUCCGUCUGUUCCAUUUUCAUAGAAAAUUGGUUGGCAGACAGGAAACAAAGAGUAGGGAUUAAUGGGUCCUUUUCAGAAUGGCAGGCAGUGACUAGUGGGGUACCGCAAGGCUCGGUGCUGGAACCGCAGCUAUUUACAAAAUAUAUUAAUGAUUUAGAUGAAGGGAUUAAAAGUAACAUUAGCAAAUUUGCAGAUGACACAAAGCUGGGUGGCAGUGUGAAAUGUGAGGAGGAUGUUACGAGAAUGCAGGGUGACUUGGACAGGUUGGGUGAGUAGGCAGAUGCGGUUUAAUGUGGAUAAAUAUGAGGUUAUCCACUUUGGUGGCAAGAACAGGAAGGCAGAUUACUAACUGAAUGGUGUCAAGUUGGGAAAAGGGGAAGUACAACGAGAUCUGGGUGUCCUUGUCCAUCAGUCACUGAAAGUAAGCAUACAGGUA